GGCCAAUGAAUAAAGUAAGAGACAGAGUACCUAACCUCAAAACAAAACCACAACCACCGUGAAUAAUUUACCGUAAUGACCUUACAUACAUUGAUAAAAGGACGUUUAUAGUGAUUAGAUCAGUGAUACUUUACCGCGAUCACAACCUUAAGAUCUUCUACAGAACUUCUGGGACCUUACCUUUGAAGUGUCAAUUUAAAUAUAAAGUCAUACCUAUACAAGAAAAACAGUUUUUAAACCUUUAAAACUCUGACAGGAAAUAUGAAAGCUGUUGCAGUGGUGACAGGGGGCAAUAAGGGAAUCGGAUAUGCCAUAGCUAAAGGACUUUGUGAAAAAUUUUCCGGAAAUGUAUAUUUAACAGCUCGCAAUGAAGCUCUCGGCCUUAAUGCAGUAGCGAAACUAAAGGAAUUAGGCCUAAAUCCUCUUUUUCACCAAUUGGACGUAAAUGAUCAAGCGAGCAUCGAUAAAUUUAGAGACUAUAUCAAAAAUGCAGAGGGCGGAAUAGAUAUAUUGGUGAACAAUGCUGCGAUAGCUUUUCCGCAAGUCACAUCCGUACCAUUCUCCAAGCAAGCUGAGGAAACGAUUGCAGUAAACUAUUUCGGUACUUUACGUGUUUGUGAGACACUUUUUCCGAUUUUAAGGCAAAGUGCAAAAGUCGUUAAUGUUUCGAGUUCUGCAGGUCAUUUAUUUAGAAUUCCAUCGCCAGAUAUUCGAGCAAAACUCAGUGAAGCAUCGCUAACUAUUGAAAAAUUAAGUGAAUACAUGCGAGAAUUUGUAGAAGCUGCCAAAAUGAAUGUUAACAGUGAAAAGGGAUGGGGCAACUCUGCUUACGUUGUGUCUAAGGUCGGUGUUUCUGCACUUACCAAUGUACAGCAGAGGCUCUUCGAUGAAGAAAACGAACACAGAAAUAUUAUGGUAAAUUCAGUUCAUCCCGGCUAUGUAGAUACCGAUAUGACCAAUCAUAAAGGUGUGCUAACUAUUGAAGAAGGUGCUAAAGCGCCCUUAUAUUUAGCUUUGGAAGAUCAUGGUUUGCGAGGAAAGUUCGUUUGGAAUGAUAGUAAAGUGGUUGAUUGGUUUCAACCAAUUUGAAGAAAGAAAAAUGCUAUAAAUGUGCUAUUUUUUUAUUUCAAUAAAAUUCAUUAAACACUUCUUUCUCAAAAAUCCUUAA